AUGCACGGAGGUAAGAAGUCAUCUCUAGUCUCUGUCACCACUGGUAUUGACCGCCAUAGCGAUGUCCUCCUUCGCCACGUUAGAUACUUUCACCCAAACAGCGAGACUUCACAAAGAGAGCGCCGACGAUCAGAUGUCUCAGCGAACGAGAAGAGCCGACAGCGCCGACAGAGUGUCCUGGCCGAUUCCAUAAACGUGUGUUCAAUACCUCCGCCGGAGCCGGAAGAAGGUUCAGAAUGCGAGACAGAUCAGCAGGAUAAUAAUCAUAUGCGCGAUAAUGAGCAGCCGCAACAACAGGAGGAUAGUUCUAUAACUGUCGAUAAUUCGAUGGUGCAGUUUUCAACAUCUGAUCUUGAUGCGUUGGCUACAGUAUCAAUGCUCCAAGCUCUCCACGAACAACCGACUGAAUCAGCGAAACUGGCUUUGGAAGACUCUUUCGAUGGUCGACGACCUGCGAACCACUCCCCUGCUAUUGGUCAGCAUGAUAAUGAACUAUCGCCGAUGGGCUUCUCGCAUCAUAUGGUAGAGACGACACUAGAGACGACACUAGAGACAGCGACCCCUACCUUAUUCACCGCCAAUGCCGAGUUUCUUAGUCCUGGAGUGUCGUUGAGCACCAGGGCAAAUGUAUUCCAUUCUCACACUGCAGCCUCGUCAGCUCCUUGGGGAAAUAAUGAAGCAGCCCUCACAUCAAUGAGCAAUACGGAUUUAUUGCAUUAUGCUGGUGCUUUGGAAUUCUUACAACCGAACCUCAGUCAUCUAGACUUUCUUGAUUUUGGUCUCGGCGAGACUUCACCCGGCGUCCGUGGUUCGCAGGCCUCGAGCAACAGCGUCGACCCUGUCAGCAGCAUCCCGCUGGAGCGCUUCGCUAGGGUUGCUGCGCUAUGGCCCCGGAACCGAACGCACUCAGCAAGUCAGAUUGCUUCCAAAAUCUGGGCGGACGUGGUGAACUACCGGGGCGACGGCAUCUUCACAGAUGUCUCUAUUUCACAGUCAUCGCCAAGCUCGACAAUCGGCACUGAGAAUGAAUCGCGAUGGGGAAUGGACGAAGAAAAGAGACAGGAUCUCAUCCGAGAGUUCGGUUCGCCUGGGUCCAGCGUUGACUUUCUACCGGCGCGACUACUAAAUCUCGGUCUCACUAUCGCCUUUCGACAGCCUCAUUCUCUUGUCCCGUUUAUUCACCAACCCACGUUUUCAGCAAAGUCAGCAUCUAACUCAGUCGUCUUUUCCUUGUGUCUCUUGGGACUGGCCAUUCUCGAUUCAUCAUAUGUGAAGCCUUUCACAGCACACUACUUGCCUGCAGCUACCGAGAAGUGCUGUUCACAAUUAGCGACACCAUCGUUCGGCCCAGAAGGGUUGGCACAGCUCGUUGAGCGUCUUGCAUCGGCGGCAUUGCUACUGAUGGCUUGGUCAAUAAGCUCACCACAUGGUUCUCGCGAUACCUUUUUAUCCAGGAUGCUUUACAACCAGACGAUGAACCUCGUGAAAAUGUCGGGAUUACUGAUGCCACGACCUUCAUCGUUCAGCAUCGACAAUCUACUCAGUCAGGCAAACUCGGCCAGAGCCAUUCAUGACCCAGCGCAGAGCGAUGACUGGGCGUGGAAGGCAUGGGCUCGAACAGAAAGCUUCAAGAGAUUAAUAUCGACGUUGAUCAUGAUCGAUGCAUGGUGGGCCUCAAGACUAAACACAGAGCCACUCAUCUGUACUUCCGUGGUGCAAUUGGAGAUGUCGACGUCGAUCGACCUGUACCGCUCUUCGUCAGCAAGGUCGUGGAGGAGCUGUCGCAAUGCUGGCACAAGUGCAACUACAGACCCUGUUACAAUACGAAUGCACACUCCGUCCAUCACAUUGACGCCACUCCAAGAGACGUCGCCUAUUGGAAUGACUGGCUUGCUCUCUGUUGUCUGGGCUCGCAUUCUCCAGCAUCAACAUCAAAUAAGAGGAGCAAGUGACAGCAAUAGAGAGGGGCUUACCGCAAGUGUGGAUGCAUCGACUGAGACUGGUAACAGCAUGUUACGUGUGCUGGGCGACAUCUACACAAACUACUCGAGGUUUCUUCGGUAUAGAAAUCCCAACUGUAUCGCGCAGUGGCACUUCUUGAACCUCAAUGUACUGGCCAAUCUUGAGAUCUUCGAAAUGGCCUCUGGUCGCAACGGAGCUGAGAGCGCAUACGCUGCAUUGCAAGAGAUCUCCAAUUGGAGUCAGACCCAACAUGCACGACGAGCCUGUCUCCACGCCGCGGGGAUCUAUGUCGCCAUGAGUCGUCGAAGAGCAAACGACGGCGUUAUGCUGCAUUCCGAUAUGUCUUUAUUCACAGCUGCGCUUGUCCUAGGACUUUAUGUGUUCAUGAUGAAGCCGAACGAAGGACAUACUGAUGCUGACACAGAGUCAUUCGAGUUACUCAACGAUGUUGACUGGACAAAUCUUUGUGAUCCAACGUCUAUAGUAGAGAAUGCUGGGGAUAACACCGCCAGUCAGUUUAUACAUAAUGGAGGAAGUAUUAGCUUCUCUGGAACAGUGUGUGAAGCGGGAUAUAAUGCUGCCAAGAUGAUCUUACUCGAGUUUGCGAGCUUGUUAGAAGAGGUUGGGAAGUGGAAUGCGAAAGAACUGUGCCAUAUCCUACGGAUAAUGAGCGACUCUUUGAUUGAAGUCGACGACCGUUUGGGAGGUGAUUGA